UGCUUCGCAUUUUCUCUCAGCACCCGUUUUGUUUGUUCUUCGUGAGGGCAGGGGGCUGCGCCCAUUCCUUUGGUCAGUCCACACCCUUUCCUUUCCGAAGGGGUUCCAGGCGACGGCGUUGUCGGGAGUGAGAAGGAAGGAGAGAUCCCCGCAGCGAAGUGAGAAGGGAGGAGAGACGCCCGCACUUGAGAUGCUUCGCCCAGUUUGCUUUUCCGCAUUGUCGUCAGAGCUUCAACAUGUAUCUUCGCAAUGCUGAUGAAACCUUCAUAGAGAAGUUUCAUGGGGAUGGGUCUUCUAUUUUUUGAUGCCAGUUUGCAAGUUGACCCUCGACUUGUAACAAGGUUCCUUGUUUCAUUCCACUUGUAAGUGGACCCUCGACGUGCAACUGGGUCUUUUGUUUGAUGCCGCUUGCAAGUCGCCCCUCGACCUACAACGAGGACUUAUGUUUUCAUACCACUUGCAAGUGGUCCCUUGACUUGCAACUAGGUCUUCUGUUUUCAUGCCAUUUGCAUGUGGACCCUCGACCUGCAACUGGGUAUUCUCUUUUUCAUGCCAAUUGCAAGUGGAUCCUCGACUUGCAACUUGGUCUUUUUAUUUGAUGCCACUUGCAAGUGGACCCUCGACUUGCAACUCUGUCUUCUAUUUUUUUGAUGCCACUUGUAAGUGGACCCUCGACUUGCAACCGAGUUCCUUUGUUUUUCAUGCCACUUGCAAGUGGACCCUCAACUUGCAACUACGUCUUCUUUUUUUAUGCCACUUGCAAGUGGACCCUCAACUUGCAACAGGGUUCCUUUGUUUUUCAUGCCACUUGCAAGUGGACCCUCGACUUGCAACCAUGUCUUCUUUUUUUAUACUACUUGCAAGUGGCCCCUCGACUUGCAACCGGGUUCCUUUGUUUUUCAUGCCACUUGCAAGUGGACCCUCGACUUGCAACCAGGUCUUCUUGUUUUGAUGCCACUUGCAAGUAGACCCUCGACUUGCAACUGGGUCUUUUCUUUUUCGUGCCACUUGCAAGGGGACCCUCGACUUGCAACUGUGUUCUUUUUUGUUUCAUGCCACUUGCAAGUCGACCCUCAACUUGCAACUGUGUCUUCUUGUUUGAUGCCACUUGCAAGUCGACCAUCGACUUGCAACUCAGCCUUUUUCUUAGAUGCCACUUGCAAGUGGAUCCUCGACUUGCAACCAGUUCUUCUUUUUUUAUGCCACUUGCAAGUGGCCCCUCGACUUGCAACCGAGUUCCUUUGUUUUUCAUGCCACUUGCAAGUGGACCCUCGACUUGCAACUACAUCUUCUAUUUUUUUUGAUGUCAUUUGCAAGUGGACCCUCGACUUGCAACCGGGUUCCUUUUUUUAUGCCACUUGCAAGUGGACCCUCGAGUUGCAACCAGGUCUUGUUUUUUAUGCCACUUGCAAGUGGCCCCUAGACUUGCAACCGGGUUCCUUUGUUUUUCAUGCCACUUGCAAGUGGACCCUCGACUUGCAACUGCGUCUUCUAUUUUUUUGAUGCCACUUGCAAGUGGACCCUCGACUUGCAACCGGGUUCCUUUGUUUUUCAUGCCACUUGCAAGUGGACCCUCGACUUGAAACCAUGUCUUCUUUUUUCGAUGCCACUUGCAAGUGGCCCCUCGACUUGCAACCGGGUUCCUUUGUUUUUCAUGCCACUUGCAAGUGGACCUUCGACUUGCAACCAGGUCUUCUUUUUUGAUGUCACUUGCAAGUGGACCCUCGACUAGCACCGGGACCCUUUCUUUUUGAUGCCACUUCCAAGUGGACCCUCGACUUGCAACCAGGUCUUCUUUUUUUAUGACACUUGCAAGUGGACCCUCGACUUGCAACCGAGUCUUUUUUUUCAUGCCACUUGCAAGUGGACCCUCGACUUGCAACCGAGUCUUUUUUUUCAUGCCACUUGCAAGUGGACCCUCGACUUGCAACCGGGUUUUCUGCUUUGAUGCCACUUGCAAGUGGACCCUCGACUUGCAACUGCAUCUUCUAUUUUUUCAUGCCAUUUGCAAGUGGACUCUCGACUUGCAACCGGGUUCCUUUUUUUCAUGCCACUUGCAAGUGGACCCUCGAGUUGCAACCAGGUCUUGUUUUUUUAUGCCACUUGCAAGUGGCCCCUCGACUUGCAACCGAGUUCCUUUGUUUUUCAUGCCACUUGCAAGUGGACCUUCAACUUGCAACCAGGUCUUCUUUUUUGAUGCCACUUGCAAGUGGACCCUCGACUAGCACCGGGACCCUUUCUUUUUGAUGCCACUUGCAAGUGGACCCUCAACUUGCAACCGGGUCUUCAUUUUUUCAUGCCACUUGCAAGUGGACCCUCGACUUGCAACCGGGUUUUCUGUUUUGAUGCCACUUGCAAGUGGAGCCUCGACUUGCAACUGGGUUUUAUGUUUUGAUGCCACUUGCAAGUGGAGCCUCAAGGUGCAACCGGAAUUGAAUUGUUACUCACAACAUCCAGAACGUUUUGAUGAUGUUCUAAACUGAUGGACCAGAUAGGCGAAUGGGUAAGGUGGAAUCAUCUGCAGAAAAUUAGCUCCAUUGCCUUGCAUUUGAGAAAGCCUCGGGUCAAACACCAUUCCCAGGGUACUGGGAGCGCACAUGCUACGAUCAAAACAUACAGCCUUGUUUUUUUGAUUGAGAGAACAAGACAACAGAUCUUGAACCGGUGCCAGCCAACUGAUGUGCGUUUUUCCUACACACCAGCCUCUGUUUGUUUCUCCCAUCAACAGAUGGAAAAAGAGAGGUCAAAAGUAUAUACAAGGCAUUAAAGAUGCAAGUGAUAAGAAGAUCUUGGUUGACAUGCUGUUCUGGGCUAUUGACAAUCCUCCACCAGCAAAUUAUCUGCUUAUCUCUGGUGACCGGGACUUCUCUCAUGCCAUUCAUAAGCUUAAAAUGAGGCGAUACAAUAUUUUAUUGGCACAACCUCCAAACGUGUCUCAAACACUUACUGCUGCAGCAAAGAGUGUUUGGCUCUGGAAAAGCCUUGUGGCUGGAGAACCACCAUUAGAACAGUCACCAUACAUAAGCAGCACAUCUUGUGGCAAUAAGGAUGAUUUGGCUACAUCAAGGAACAUAGUUUCUCGUUCUUUGGAUGUGACUCAAGAUGCCAACCCUGAAGUGCAGAAUAUUUUGUGUGAUCGUCAAAGCGGUUCUAACGGCAUGGCAGAUAAGAAAUGUGAAGUUAAGCGACCUCGAGAAAUGGAGACAGACAAUGUGUCCAAACCAGCAAGCAAAAAGCAGCUGAAGAAGAUGAGUGGGCUGGCAAAUACCAGCACUAAGCAAACUGCUGUCAAGAAACCAACACAAGGGCAACUAAAAGCAGUCAAGGGGCAGGGCUUGAUCUGCUAUAAGUGUGGUGAUGGGCACCGUGCUGCAGAGUGCACCUUUAGUGGUGACUGCCACGGUUGUGGCCGACAGGGCCACAAGGACCGAGUGUGCAAAGUGAAUCCUAACAGCGUCGUCAAGUGGCAGCCGGCACAUGCACAAGACUUAGUCACGCCCUCACCGGGGUCUGUCUCCCGGCAGGCAGCCCCUCAUGUGCCUUCUCCACCUCCAGCUUCCCCCGUCGCGGCUGCGUCACCACAGACAACUGCUGAAACUCCUUCUGGUCCAACUUCGACACCACCACGGGAGUGCUUCUUGCAGGAGACUCCUGCCGUGUCAACCCCACCUCCGGCUUCUGCGGCUCCUGUACCGCCACAUACUGGUGUUAGCGAUUUUUCUGCCCCAGCUCACUCUGGAGUCUAUGCCAUGCCGACAGCUGUGUCAAUGGGUAAACCAGACGUGGUGACGCAGCAGACAUCUUCAGCCCCUCAUCCUCCUACGGCGGUUCUAGCUCACCGGCCAAUGGCAGGACCAGGACAGUAUCAUCAAGUGGGUGCUUCUCGGCCGUUUCCAGCUUGGACACCACCACCAUGGUGCUUCUUGCAGGCGCCUCCUGCUGUGCUGAGUCCACCUCCGGCUCCUGUGCCGCCACAUACCGGUGAUGGAAAAUUUUCUGCCCCAGCUCACUCUGGAGUCUACACCAUGUCAACAGCUGUGUCAUUGGGUAAACCAGAUGUGAUGACGCAACGGGCAUCUUCAGCCCCUCAUCCUCCUACGGCAGUUCUAGCAGCUCACCGAUCAGUCACAGGACAGUAUAAUCAAGUGGGUGCUUCUCAGCUGCAACCUGCAUCUUCAGCCCCUCGUCCUCCUACGGCAGUUCUAGCUCACCAAUCAGCCGCAGGACAGUAUCAUCAAGUGGGUGCUUCUCAGCUGCAUCUGGCAUCUUCAGCCCCUCAUCCUCCUACGGCGGUUCUAGCUCACCAACCAGUCGCAGGACAGUAUCAUCAAGUGGGUGCUUCUCAGCUGCAUCCAGCUUGGACUUUUCCUCCGGGCUACUUCUGGCAGGCAAUGCAGCUUCUCCUGCAGCAGCGCCGCUCGUGACUUCCGUGCCGCCCUGGCGUUGCAGCUUGUCCUGCACCAGCUCACUCCAGAGUCUACCCCAUGCCCUUCCCCUUUGGCAGGCCAUGCUGACAAAGUGACAAGUAUACUCCUAUUGGAUUCUUUGUAUGCCCUUCCCUUCAACCGCCUGAGAGGAGGAAGAGAGGAAGGAGGGCUAUGAUGAAGAAGAGGUGGAGGAGGUUUUCACUAGCUUUAUAGUAGGAGCGUUAGAGGCAAGUUGGGUUGGAGCUGCGACAGCUGCACCUUGCACUCUGGUUGAGGCAGACACCUAGUCCCAACACCUAACCUGCUCUGAUGGCAGAAGCAAGGCGAUGGUACGGAACUUGCAAUUUUGUUGAAGGGGCGUGGAAGCACUGGCGGCGGCGGCGGGGAUAAAUUUAAGAGAAGGGGGUCACGGCAUGGGAGAAGGGGAGAGAUAACGGGACAGUUUGAGGGAGUAGAAAUUCCGAAUCAUGUGGCGUACGUAUCUGCGUAUGUCAUUGGAUUGUACUGAAAACAAAGUCACAUGCAAGCUAGAUGUAACAAAUGACAGUUAGGACAUGGGACAGAUGACCUAGGAAUUAUCAGGUUUCUUAGGACAAGGCUUUUUGACAAGAAGUUACUUUCUUAAUAUAUGAUUUGUACCAGUCGUGAUUUAUACACCCUAGAUACUGUAAUGUGAGAAGUAUACAGAUAUACUAGCUCCUGGACAGCAGUACUGAGCUACGUGGGUUUAUUGGCGGCCA